AUGGCUACAGAAAUUAUUACCGAGAAAAAGGAAAUUGUUGCAAGGACAAGGUCUUCUGGUAUCACCUUCAAUCCUCCUGUAACUCAUGAUAUGGUUAGAUCUUUAUUUGAUCCAACCAUUAAAAAAUCAUUUUUAGAAUGCUGUAUCACUUUAACCAUUCUAGCUAAUUUUGUAUUAUGCUACUAUUUGAUAAAUUGGUUUGGUUUAUCACAAGCGAAGUUGAUCUUUCUUAUCCAAUAUGUCUACUGGAGAUUGGCUUACAAUCUAGGUAUUGGUAUUAUAUUACACUACCAGUCUCAUUACGAAUCAUUAACUAAGUAUGCAAACCAGAAUAAAUUAUUUAAAAAAGAGAGCGCUAAAACUAACUGGAUUGCAUCCUUUUUUCAAUUCGAAAUUAAAUCUAAGAUGCCAAACGAUUAUAACUUACAUUCUUACCCAGAUGAAUUGAACUGUUGGUUAUUAUUUCGUCAAUUUGUUGACCUAAUUUUAAUGCAAGAUUUUACUACAUAUAUCAUAUAUGUGUAUUUAUCUUUACCAACCGAUGUUUCUUCGUUGAUCAAUUGGAAAUCUUUAAUAGGUAUUGCCAUGAUUCUUUUCAAUAUUUGGGUUAAAAUAGAUGCUCAUAGAGUUGUUAAGGACUAUGCUUGGUAUUGGGGUGAUUUCUUUUUCUUGCAAGAUGCUGAACUGACCUUUGAUGGUGUCUUCAAUAUUUCCCCACAUCCAAUGUAUUCUAUUGGUUACUUGGGUUAUUAUGGGUUAUCUCUAAUCUGUGGUGAUUAUCGUGUUUUAUUAGUUUCUGUUGGUGGUCAUUUCUUACAAUUUUUAUUCUUGAAGUAUGUCGAAUCUCCACAUAUUGAAAGAACUUACGGAUCCGAUUCUCCAUCCAAUUCUACCCAACAUCAGAUAGACGAUUUGAUUGCUAAAGAAAACUAUGAUUAUUCAAGACCUUUAAUUAAUACUGGUAUUUUAUUUGAAAAUUUCCAAUUUUUAAGAUUCAGUGACUAUUUUACUGUAUCCACUAUUUUGGUACUGUUCUCUUGGUUUUUUACUUCAAAACCAUCUAAUAAUUUCCUAUUUGUGCUAACUUUGUUAACUAAAUUAACAACUUGGUUAUUAACAUCAUGGAUUUUAUUCCAGCAAUCCAAUAGAAAAUGGUUUACAAGAUUGUUCUUAAAGAAUGGUUAUACCCAAAUUUAUUCCUAUCAACAGUGGCAAUUCCUAUAUAACUACUCAUUAAUUGUCACCAAUACGUUGCUAUUCCUACAUACAUUGAGUGAAUUAUACUCAAUUCAAUCUUCUGACGGAUUAAACAAUUCCCAUGUAAUUUUUGGUUUACUGUUAUGUGCCAUCCAAAUUUGGUGUAAUGUUGAAACUAGAGAUGCGAUUUCUGAUUUUGGUUGGUUUUAUGGUGAUUUUUUCUUAACAAAUUACAUCACUACUAGAAAAUUGACAUCUCAAGGUAUUUACAGAUAUUUGAACAAUCCGGAAGCUAUUUUAGGUGUUGCUGGUAUUUGGGGUUCUGUAUUAAUGACAAACUUUUCAAAAACAAAUGUGACAUUGGCCGUUUUAUGGACUGUUACAAACUUAAUUUUUGUUAAAUUAAUUGAAGAACCACAUGUUUCAAAAGUUUACGGUAAUGGUACCAGAGUUAGUGGUGUUCAACAAACUUUGCUAGCCUUGAAACCAUUUAGAUGGAUCUCUGAUUUAAUUGAUGAUUGGGGUAAUAAAAUGAUGAAGUCCUUACAUGGUUUUGAUUCUGAUUCUGAUUCUGAAUCAAUUUCUUCAGGUAAGAAGGGUAAUUUGAGUUCAUUGAAAUUGUCAAAAAAAUCUAAACUAAAGAAUAGAGUACAAUCUGAUAAUAAAUUAGCUCCAAACUCUAAAUUUGAAAUUGAAGAUUUAGAAGAUGAAAUAGUUUAUUUGCCAAAUUCUGUUACUAUAAGCUGGAAAUUGCCUAUUUCUAUGUUUAAUGAAAAAGACUGGAUUGGUUUAUAUAACGUUCUAGAAACUGGUAGUGAUCGUACUCAAACUAAAAUCCCAUCUUUGGGUCAUUGGAGUGCAGUUGAUGCUACAGGAUAUCCACAUGAUAGUAUCAAUACCAAUUCUAUUACGGAGUUUAAGAAAGGUUCCAAAAAUGUAUCCGGUAGAGUGACUUUCGAUGCUAAUUUACUGUACUUCAAACCAGGUAUUUAUGAAUUUAGAUACCAUUCUAAAAAUUCGCAUAAGGUUUUAUUGAUUUCUUCGCCAUUCCAAAUAUCAUUCCCAGAAUUUGAUAACGAAGCUCAAGUAGACAUUAAAAAUGAAAUAAUGAAAUUCUUAGAUGCAAUCUCUUGUAUGAAGAAUGAAAAAUACUUCGCUAACGAUAACAAGUAUUUCACAGCAGAUGCAUUCAGUAAUUACAUUAAGGAUUCUUUUGGUAUUGAAUUGUCUACAGAUUACAUUAGAAGAGUUAAUGGUGAUGUUGAAGUUAUCUCUCGUAGGGUUCAUGAUAUUAAGGAAGUGUUGGAUAGUUUAAAUUGA